AUGGCCGAUCUCAACGAUGAUUCUCCAGGACAUGCGCUCGGCAGUGCGCACUUCGGUGAGGAACGACCUCCGGGCCGCCUCCGUAGAAGCCCCUCGCUUAUGGCAGCGUACCUUGACGUAUUCUUUGGGCGAGGUUUGGCAAUGGGGCGGGGCCAUCAAGGUGGUGCAUUCUUUCGCUUCUGUCUGACCUUCCAGCGGCUUCAAUACGCGGCGGAAAACGCUUUCGAGCUUUUCCGCGAGGCAUCGAUCUGCUCCCCGUCCCGCUUCAAGGCCCCAGGUGUCCGGCAGCGAGGUAAUUUCGUGAUGAAAGAGGGCUGA